GAAAUGGGGAGGGAAAUACGGAUGACAAAUUUGGCGCGAAAGAUCAUCGGGUACGUCAGUUCGUUACGACGAAGACUACUGAGGUGAGUCUGGUGGAAGAUUGUGCGGAAUUGCGCGUGUCAACUGACUAAAACGAUAAUUAAAGCGAGACAAGCGUAUUGUUUUGAUGUCUGUGCGUUUAUAAGAAGACACCCGCUGUUCUUUUACCAUCAAAAUUGUCUUUAAACUUCACUGAAAAAGGAAUCCCGCAUUGAUUUCUGACAAUGGCAAUAAUUCAUCCAGUGAUUACUGGUUUAGCGGAAGUUUCUUCAAAUAACGAUACAGAUUUCAAUGAAAAUGAACAUCACAUUGGAAAUGAUGAGUCCAACAUCUCCAAAGAUACUUCGAUAUGCAAUAAUGAAUCAACACGUAAUGACCAAAAGGGAAACGCUGAAAAGAACUCGAGAGAGAUCGUUUGUAAUAACAUAUCAUCUAAGGGAGAUGAUAUUUGCUGCAAUCUUGAAAAUUUACAAAUUCCUAUCACUUCAGCUAAGAAUGGUUAUCUGGAUGAUGAGACCGAUCUCAGCAAAAACACUGAAGUUAGAGCUGAUGAUAAACACUUUAGUGUUAGUAGUGAGAAUGGUGAAAAAAUACCAUCAAAGAAAUUCAUGACCCUUGUGGAUAGUGAUUCCGAGGAUGAGAUUAAUACAUAUAAAACAUCAAAUGAAGAAUUGUUUAUUGAUGAUGAAGAUAAUCAUUCUGGAUCAUCUGGAUAUGCACAAAUUACAAAAUAUAAGGGAAGACCCAAGAUUAAAAGUAUAAGGAGAAUAGUAGACAGUAAAUCUGAGGAUGAUGAAGAAACAAGUAAUAUUUAUCAUUCUCCUCAAAUGUCUGAUAGAACUAUGGGUGUUAUUACUGAUCUAAUCGAUCCCGAAUCUGAGGAAGAAAAAGAAGCAUUUGGCAGUUCUGUCACAUUUGAUGACCUUGGUACUUUAGAAACCAAAGAUGCUAAAGGAAAAUCUGUCAAAAAAAUAAAGGGUUCCAUAAGAGCUGCUAAAAAUGAGGCAAUGCACAAAAUAUACAGCGAAAGUCAGCGUUUAUUGAGGGAAACAGGAGUUUCUUUACCAUAUCACAGACCUAAGCAACGUACAUUACAAGAAUUUUUAAGUAGAACAAAAUUAUCAGUAUCUUUCCCAAAAGCACCUUCUACAGCUGUAAAAUUAAAAAUAUCAUCUGCUAUAGUGAGCCAAAUCCUUGCGAAAAAGGAAAAAGAAGCAGAACUAUUUUACAAAUCCUCAGAUUCGGAAGAUGAUACACAUGAAGCUAUGUCAUCAACUUACGAGAAUAUAAAAAAAUCUUCCAGUGCAAAUGAAGAGAAAUCCUCCGCAGAUAUCGUACGUGCUGAAGACACACAAAAUAUUGGAACAAAUGAUCCGGAUUCUCAUGAUAAAAGAGAGACUGUACAACAAAAUGACACAGAUCUCAUUGCUCACGAGAUAUUGGUCGAAAAUGAUGGGGCAGAUUGCCAAGAUAAUGGUCAUGUACUUGGUUUGCCGCUUCCAAAGUUUACAGAUGAUAUAGAUAAAAAAAAGCUGCUAUCCAAGUUAGCGCCAAAUUCGAAGGUUACAUUAAAAGGUUCACCGGGUAUGAUUAUUGAUCUAACGGACGACGUAAAAUCAAGUUUAAAGGGUCCAAAUAGCUUACUGGACAGAUUUUUUGGUAAACACGUUGUUAAUACAAAUAAGCAGGUCGAUGAUAAAUCCGAAUUAACUGUAAUACACUUGCAAGAUACUGAGAAUGGUCCGAUUCCGGUUAGGGAAGUACUCCCGUAUAAAUUACCCGCUGAUACCGAUAAUCCCGAAUUAAACAAGCCCGGCGCUAAAUUAACGCGUUUGAAAGAACAUUUGAAGUUGCAAAUGUCUCUGAAACGGAAUGAAGAGUGGAAACAGAAGGAAAUAGAAUUGCAAACGCAAGAAAAAGAGAUAUGGAAUGAGGAAGAAGAAAUUGACUGUGAUUUAGUAGACGAGCAGGAGAAAGCCGAUAUUUUAGAAUUAAGUGAUAGCGGAGAGAGUGAGCCCGAGGAAAAUGAUGUCCGUAUCGAGGAUAAGAAAAGGAAGAAGUGCUUGUUUGCAGACGACGAAGCAGAAGUUACAGAUAGUGAAAAUUUCGACGAGACGGAUGAAGCAGGACUUGGCAAACAAUCUACAAAUCUCAAGCGUGGAAACAAGAAAAAAUAUACGGACGAUGAUGAAAGUGGCAUGGAAGAAGAAGAAGAAGAAGAGGAGGAGGAGGAGGAGGAGGACAAAGGCACAGAUGAAGAUGAAAAUAAAGUUGAAAGUGAAGCUGAAUUUGCAUACAAGUGUAACGAUAAUACUGGUCCAAGUAUUAACAUUGUCAGAAAUGAAAAGAAAAGAAAGCGGAUAAUACAGAAAUAUCAAGACGACUCGGAAGAUAAGGAUAACCAAUCAAAACGCACAGUGGUUAUACGUGCGGUACGUUCCAAAGAGAAUAGUUGGACAGAUGAGAAUGAGAACAAAAAUAUGCAACAGCAAGGACAAGUUACUGCAAAGAGUCAAAUAUGCAAGACGCCUAUGAGAAAGUCACGCAUGCUUGAUUUUGUUUCUCCUAUAACACAGUUGAGUGUAUUAAAUACCUCCUUCGAUUCUAGCAAAAAAGAAGAACAUCCGAUUGAUAAGCAGGAAUUCACAGGGGAUUCACAGAGUGAUCAGUCUCCCCAACAUGAGGUUAGAAAUAAAACCAUUUCACGGAAGAAGCUGUUUUAUGACAUUGAAGAAAGUAUAGAUGACGAAUAUCUUAUGCAAUUGUGCUCAACUAAAUUUGAAUCUACACAGAGGAGCGAUCUAGAUUUAAAAAGUUCAACAUCGCAAUCUACCGAGUUACACGAAUUGGAUACAGUAAGUUCCAACGCGAUCGAUGUGAAAAAACUGAAAAGUUCGGGAGUGGAGAAUAAAAGAGAGAAGAAUCUCUUCGAUGGUUCUGUAUAUGGCACGGAAGAAGCAGAGGAAGUUGGCACGACGAGUUCGGAAUUAAAAUUGAGUGUUGUUUCUUCAGACGAACAAUCGGACGAAGAAGAUACGUUUUUAAAAUUCAGAAAACGUUCCAAGAGAUUGGAUUUAUCUGAUUCAGAAGAGGAAGACGCUAUCGAUGAAGAGAACGACGAUGCGAGUAAUGAAGAGGAGGAAGAAAAGUAUGUAGACUAUGAUUCUGAGGAGAACGAAGUGACGGUUGUACCGAAGAAGGAUAUACAAAGAGUCGCGGCUGAUUUCUUGGAGGAGGAAGCCGAGUUGAGCGAAAGUGAUUGGGACUCCGCUGAUGAGGAUGAGAAGGACUUGGAUAAAUUGGAUUUUGAAGAGGCCGAUGAAGAACAGAUAGACGAGGAUGAAGUAAAAGACGAUCUGGGGAAGAUUCAUAUGAAACAAGUGCUGGAUGAAGAUAAAAGAGAAGUUCGACUGCUUCAGGAAUUAUUGUUUGAGGAUGGCGAUUUACAUACGGAUGGAGCGGGUCGUGAACGAAAAUUCAAAUGGAAGAAUAUAGAUAAAUUGGGAAACGAUAUCGAGAUGUCUCAAGUGCUUGACGAAAAUGAUGGCUGGGUAGAUGUGCAAGAAGAUGAAGAGGAAGCGAAGUGGAAUAAACUCAGACACGAAAGGGACAAAUUUCUUGAAGAAAGAAUGAAAACUUUAAGCAACGAAAUCGAGGAUGAUUUAGGCGAUAGUCAAAUUUUUAAAUUCGGACUGAAAACACUCAAGAAAGUCAAGAGCAAUGAGUCUCAAAAACAAGAUGUUUCUCCUGGCAAAGUGGAUUUAUCCGAUGAUACGGAACCGAUCAUGCCACGGAAUAUAACGGAUCUUUUGUAUGCUCCGAGCAUUGGGAAGAAAUCUCAGACAAUAUAUAAUGUUAUGAAAAAGCGUUCGCUUUUAACUCGAGGAGAAGAAUCGUUGGCGAGAAUAGCCACGUUGGUAAAGCAAAGUGAUCCUGCUUCUCAUACGGUGAACACAAGAAAUUUUGUCUUCCAGUAUAUCGAUCCAUGUAUAAAUAGUAUAUCUAAAAAAGCAAGAGAAGAAAAAGGCCGGAAUUUGCAAAACCAGGUAAUUGUAUCUGUUUAGAUAAUUUGAAGAAAGAUUCAUUGCUAUUUUCUGCUUUUCGCUCAUUUCCACACGUUCUUUCAUACCGAUCAAUUAUUUAAUAGUAUUUCUCAAUAUAGUAAUAGGUAACGAAUACUUGCUUCUUACAGCCUCGAAAAAGAAAGGUGACGUCGGAGUUUUCCUCGACAACGAAAAAAAGGACGAGGAAAUAGAGAUUAACCUUAAAGAAGAAUACUUCUUAUUUGCUACGAGACUGUGAGAGAGGUGUGCGCGUGUAUGUGUUUAGAGAAGUGACGCUUUUGAUACAACUUUUUUAAAUGUACAGAAUGAAUAAAUUUAUAUUUGUUGACGUCAUAAUAGAAUGUACAAGAACGUUGACAGAAACAAACAAGGGACUUAUUUUUGUAUAUAGAUAUAAAUAGUAAAUAUAUAUACAAGAGCACAAAAAUCACAUAGCAUGAUCGAGAAGGAAUGGUUUCUUUUUAUAUAAGUUUUUUCCUUCGUAAUAUCAUUUUUAGGGGGGGCAGUCACUUAGCUGCUUUAAUUAUAUUUUUAGGUCUGUUGCAAUCAUAUUUAUCACUAAAUGUGAUUGAUUGAAAAUAGGCUUAAGAAUAUAAUGAAACAGUAUUUGCUCGUAUUUACCUGUAAGUUACAUAAAACCUGAGUCAAAGGAAGGAAAAUUAAAUUCUUAUUUUCCUUCAUAUUACAUAUUUAUAGUUUUGUUACAACAUGUUUCAUCAUGUCGUGUUGUAUCAAGUCAUUUGACCAAGAAAAUAUUUUAGCCACACUUGACUCGAAGUACAAUCGCACAAAAGAUCUUGAGAAAUGUUUUUUUUUUUCAAUGC